AUGUCUUCGGACACAAGCAGAAGCACUGCGCACAAUAUUUCUGUCGCAUUUGCGGGCAAUUUGCCCCAAAGCACCUCACUCCCUUCUGCCCUCGUCUCGAUGGCAGAAAGAUACUUUGUCAUGGUCCCUCCUCAGAGAGGUUCUACAUCGACAUGCACCGGCUUGAAGCCGCAUAUGAUCAGGAUGCUGCUCGCCUUGAGCAAGACUGAGAGGAGAACGCCAUUGAAGCCGCAGGUUGGCUCCAAGACCUCGACUUCGACCCCAUGUGGUAUGCCAACCAGGACAACUACGUUUUUCUCAUUGUCCAUGGAUCACUUGAGAGGGCGAGAUCUCUAUAAGUUUAACAUGUCCCUGAUGGAAUGUCUUUCAAGCUCUGGACCUGUGAUGUCUCGGAUUGAUGCCCAUAUUGAUUUUCUAUCAGGAAUACGCUCUACCCUGAUCUUGAAGACCAUGAGCUUGUCUGCCACUAUCCCUCUGUUCUUCGUCAAUCACAGCCAUAGGGAAAAUGAGGGUUCAGAAGACUCUGCCAGCAAGUACAAUCUAUAUGAGGCAAGGGUGCAAAUGAUUUGCGAACUAGUGUUGUAUCUGUUGAGGCAAGGCUGCUAUCCUGAAGAAGGUGACAUCAUGGUUCUUUGUACCUACCUUGUGAUUGUGAUUGAUGAGCACGACCAAGCUGCUCUUGCUGACCAAGAGGGAGAUGAUACAAAUGAUUUGAGUUGUGGGAUCACGAUUGAACAUGUACAAGUUAUGAGAAGGGUUCGAUUGUGCACCAUUGACAACUAUCAAGGCGAAGAGGGCAGAAUUGUGAUCUUGUUAUUGGUUCAAAAUUCCGGCAAACUGGACAACAAAAUGGCUUCGCUUGGAUUCAUGCAUGCAGCCAGGCCAGACAUCGGUUUUCUAAAGGUGAGAGCCCUUGGUCCGGCACCUCCUAUCACUUGUCAUUGGCACCCGGAGACAUUCGAGUAUGUCUGA